CGAAGCCUUGUCCAUAAGGCAGGAUUAGACCAUGACAUUGUUAACAAUUCCCGCGCUUUCUGCAGUAGCCCUAGGACUCCUAGCGGUCCUGGUAGGACGGGCCGUAUCCCAAGGCCGUGACAUUCCAGGCCCUUGGCUGGCACGAUACACCCGGCUGUGGUAUAUCUGGCAAAUGGUCAAAGGCGAUUUUCAAUAUACCAAUAUCAAGCUGCAUCGGAGAUUCGGCAAAGUCGUGCGAAUCGCUCCCGGCUGGUAUAGCCUCAAUGACGUCGACGCGCUCAAGGCAAUUUAUGCUCACGGUUCCCAAUUUACCAAAUCGGAGUGGUACGAGGCUUGGAACUUCUCACCCAGUCCAGACGACCACAAUCUGUUCUCGGUAAGGAACCCGACCCAUCAUUCGGACGCCCGUCGCAAGGUCGCAUCCAUGUAUUCCAUGUCCGCGAUGGUGUCCUAUGAGCCAUAUGUGAAUGACUGUAUUCGACGAUUCUUCGUCCAACUUGACUCGUUGUCGAACACCAGUUCGACGAUGGAUCUGGGACAUUGGCUGCAGUGUUUUGCUUUUGACACUAUUAGCGACAUUACGUACGGCGAACGGUUUGGCUUCCUUGAUCAGGGUGAGGAUAUCAACAACCUCAUGGCGAAUUUGGAAGAGAGCUUUGUCAUCAGUAGCCUGAUGGGUCUUAUGCUAUGGCUGCGACCGGUAGUCCUAUUCCUUGGCAACUUCUUCGCAAAAUCCGAUACCCUGUUUGUACGUCGCUUCACAGAUCAGAAGUUCACCGAGUUGUCAAAAAAGGACAACCAAGAGCCUGCGGUCGGAGAACCUCUGUCGAUGGUUCAGCGGUUUCUCCAAGCGCGAGAUGAAGGAAAGGGCUUAACGGACCGGUAUAUUCAGGUCAGCGCAGCAUCCAAUAUCGGCGCUGGGAGUGACACCACGGGAAUCGGCUUAAGCGCGGUGGUUUUCUACCUGUAUCGAUCGCCUGAGAAACUCGAAACACUUCGAAAGGAGCUGAAUGAUGCGUGUCCGGGGAGCGAGAUUUCUUUUCCGGAAGCACAGAAACUGCCUUAUCUGCAAGCUGUGAUUAAGGAGUCCAUGCGGUUGCACCCGGGAGUUGGGUUUCCUCUAUUCCGCGUGGUACCUCGUGGAGGGGCUGUAAUCUGCGAUAAAUUCUUUCCAGAGGGUACAAAUGUAGGCAUAAACAGCUGGGUGAUGCAUCGAGAUGAGAGCAUUUGGGGCGCGAAUGCCGACGACUUUGUGCCAGAGAGAUGGCUGUUGAAAGAUGCCGAAAAGCUUCGCCUGAUGGAGCAAUGCUUGAUGCCUUUUGGCCUGGGAUCCAGGGUGUGUGUGGGGAAGAACAUCUCGCUGUUCGAAAUAAACAAGCUCAUUCCAUCACUUGUUCGGAGUUAUGAUAUUGAGAUACAGGAACAGGAGGGCAAGGAUAUGAGGGCCAGGAAUAUGUGGUUCGUCAAACCGGUACGGUUUCAAGUAACCAUUAAGAAGAGCUCCCAGUCUGUUCCAUGACCAAGGGAAGGGUUUAGUUUGAAGAUAGCAUUUUAGUAC